AUGGCCUACACCCAGUAUCUUUCCAGCUGCCAAACGCCCGACGGAACCGGUGGAACUUGCGUGUUGGUACGCGAGUGCCCGUUUGCGCGAGCCGUGCUCAAGAAGCAGGACCAUUCGAGCAACGACAUUCGCUAUCUGGAAGCGAUUCGGUGUGGUAUGCUCGAAACUAAGGCGCUGGUAUGCUGCAACGAACCGAACGUCACGCAAACGGUUGAACCGGUUGACGCGGAAACCAUCGCCGAGUUGGUUGAGAAUCGGUUCAGCACACGGGAGGAAAAGCGCGAGCUUCUGCCGACGGUGUGUGGGCGGGAUGACGGGUACCGGGGACCGUUGGUUGGUGAGCGAGCGAUGCUUUUCCAUCAUCCGUGGAAUGUCCUGAUUCAGCAUCGAACCAAAGACGGUGAGGAUCGCUUUCAUUGCGGAGGAGCGCUUAUCAGUGAUCGCUACGUGUUGACUGCAGCUCGGUGCAUCAUGGACGUGAAAAAAACCUGGACAAUCGUGUCCGUUCGUGUUGGCGAAUACGAUCUACAGACGGAUCCAGACUGUACAUCAGACGAUGAAGAAGCAGUCAACUGCACCAGCCCGACGCAAGAAUUCCCCAUCGAAAAGGUCAUAAUUCCCGAAAACUAUACCGGCACCGGAUCGCCAACCGUGAAGCAAGAUAUCGCGCUCGUGCGAUUGGCAGGAAAGGUGAAAAUGACCGACUCGGUCGCACCAAUUUGUCUACCGCUUGAGGAAGCAUUUCGGCAGGAGCUGAACCUCGAGGGUGGUAACUUUCUCGAGACGGGUUGGGGAAAAACAUCCGACGCCACCGGAAGCGACUUCAAGUGGAACUACGCGUUAUCGGGAGUUUCCCGGGACGUUUGCCGGAGCAAGUACCCCCACGCCAACAUCGACGAGGGUCACAUUUGUGCCACACCCCAGCGCGAUCAGGACACGUGCCAUGGAGACUCCGGGGGACCGCUGAUGUACCAACACGCUGGAGGCGCCUGGUAUCUGAUCGGAGUUGGCAGCUUCCGCAAGCAGUGCGCCAUCGUUGGGGAACCCGCGGUCUACACGAACGUGGGAGUGUUUGGUGAUUGGAUUGUGGACAACCUAGAACCGUAACAAACAUCUUUCGGAGGUUCGAGAAAAUGGCGUCAUUUUUCCAGGGGGCUAUUGAGCUUUGGUGGAAAAUAAACGAAUUAAC